UUUGUUCCGCAUACGGCGGCAUCUCAGGGUCGACCACAUCUUCUCAAGGAUCAGUGUUUUAUGUCCAAGUUUCACGCUUGUCAUAGCUUUUAAAACAAAUACUGCAAACAUGGAUAGAUCGAGUAAUUUAAAGUCGGUUUUGGAGUCGUCUCUGAAUGAAAUUUUCAAAUCAACCGUGAGUGACAUUCUGGAGUCAGUAGACCAGACCUUGUCCGAGUAUCAAGGCAAAAUUCAAAGGAUUGAAACAGAAAAUGAGGACCUUAGACGCAAACUUUACGGGAACGACAGCAGAAUUGGGUCGGAAAGAAUGGGGGUUUCGACAGGUAAGGAGGGCAAUCAUCUCAAGACUCCCAUCGCUAACACUUCUGCAGGGCAGCAGUAUCCAACGCAGAAGGCCUUUGUUGACAUGCCAGCUGCCACCUCCACAAAGCAGCUCAGGCCUCCCUCCCAGAACAGGAGAAAGCUCAACUCCAUGCGGCCACGACGAGAGCAACCCUGCCAGACGGCAACAGUGACCACAGAGCCACAGCAGCAGGAAUCACCUGACGGGCGCUCCAACAGAUUUUCCAGCGCCCCUUUCACCUUCGCCGUCAACUCCAACCCCGAACUGGAAGGUGGCUCUGCCGUUGACCUCUCCAAGGUCACCCAGAAGUCGUUUACGGAGGCGGCGACGAUGGUGAGGAAGAUCAAAGUGGAGGAGGAGGACUCCGAACUGGAGUUCGCUCACAGUGAGCUUUACACACAGCUCAGGGGCGACGGGAACAGGGACAGAGGUGAUGACGUGCGGGUCACCAUUGUGUCGGACCACCACCUGAGGGGCGACAGUGAUAACGAAGGCAGCUACUUCCAGGAUGCGGAGGAGGAGGAGAGGAUGACUGGAAGAGGAAUGAAGGCAGAAGAGGACGAGGGUGCGGAGGGGCUAGAUGACCUCUCUGCCAACGGGGAGUUUUUCUCCUUCGACGAGCAAGACACCGGGAGAGUCGCGGAUUCCGACGGAGACGGAGAUCCAAUGAGCAGCCGGUUGCCGGGCGAGGACGAUGACGACGACGAGGGGGACUGGAUGCUGGCCGGCCAACCGCAGGAGGACGAGGAGCCCAAAGCCGACCUGGGCGCGUACCCCUGCCCCGAGUGCGACAAGAUCUUCAACCACGCCAGCUCGCUCAGCAUUCACCUGCGCACGCACAGCGAGGACAAGUCGCACACCUGCGGCUACUGCGGCAAGCGCUUCGGCCGCGCCGACCUGCUCAAGUCGCACAAGCGCACGCACACUGGCGAACGCCCUUACUCCUGCAACCUGUGUGGCAAGAGCUACAGCCACCAGGGCCAGCUGCGCAUCCACAAGCGCGUGCACACCGGCGAGCGCCCUUACGGCUGCGUGCACUGCGGCAAGCGCUUCAGCGAGCACAACCAGCUGAAGGUGCACGUGCGCACGCACACCGGCGAGCGGCCGUACAGCUGCGGCCACUGCCCCAAGACCUUCACCAACGCCGGCAACCUGCGCAUCCACGAGCGCAUCCACACCGGCGAGAAGCCCUACACCUGCGGCCAGUGCGGCAAGCGCUUCAACGGCAUGGGCGACCUCAAGACGCACUACCGCAUCCACACCGGCGAGCGGCCGUACAGCUGCGAGCUGUGCAAGAAGACCUUCGCCCAGGCGGGCCACCUGACCAUCCACACGCGCAUGCACACGGGCGAGAAGCCCUAUGAGUGCCCGGUGCCCGACUGCGGCAAGCGCUUCACGGUGGCCAGCAGCCUGAAGCUGCACGAGCGCGUGCACACGGGCGAGAAGCUCUACGCCUGCUCCUUCUGCGGCAAGAGCUUCAGCCGCUCCGGGCACCUGAAGCGGCACGAGCAGGUGCACACUAAGGAGGCCAGGUACAAGUGCCACCAGUGCGGCAAGAACUACAGCGACAUGUCCACGCUCAAGAAGCACCAGAAGAGCCACACCACGGCCGCUGCCGCUGCAGCCAGCGCCGCGGUGGCCCCGGCGUUACACUCGGGUACCGGCGAAGAGGCAGGCCGGGCGGACGCAGAGGAGCUGAGUAUCAGCCCCCAGAGUCAGAGUCCCACUCACCAGAGCCUUAGCACACCAGACGUGCCAGACACUGAUCCCAAAAAUUGAAGGUUGAAUGUGAAUAUGACGACCAUUAUGAUGCUGUCUAAAAAGUUACUGUUUGAAUCAGUUUCUGUUUGGUUUGUUUUUCAGAGAUUGCUCAGAUCUGUUUUUUUAACAUGUUCAAUUGCAUUGGUAAUAAGGCUUACCGAAUGCAGGUGAAUUGGUGACGCUAACUGAUUUUUCGCUUCCAAAAAAACUGGGUUUUCACUUCAUGAACAUCCAGGACUGCUCAUCUCCAUCUGUAUGUGUUCUUUUCUUUUAUGUUGUGUGAUUAUAACUGUUUGAAGAUAUGUUGAGGGUGAAACAUUGUUAAGCAGCUACUGUUGAGUCUAAAUCUACACAUAAGAUAUGUUGUCUUCUCAUGAGAGAGAGAAUCACUGCUGGUUUUGUUACUUGUUUUUUUUUUUCCUUGUUUGUUUUUGUCGACAAAUGACGGUACCAUAGCACAGCGAUGACUUCAGAAAGUGCUUCACACAUUUACAGGAUGAUGUAUUUAAAAUAUAUAUUUAGUGCAAUACUGUAACCGUAGCAUUAGCACUACAGGUUGACUUAAAUGUCCUACAUUUGUUGUUGCUUCAGUGACGUGGGUAGCCUACUGUUAGCUGGUUAGCCUCAGGCCUUCGGAUACUAUACGUGUCUCUGUGUGGUGAUGUACAGCCACUAUAAGCUAAAUCAAACUACAUGUUCUGUAGCAGCGUCCUUCACAGAGGUGUCAGUCGCGGGUUCAGAAAGUGAAAACUGCCACAACUUUGAUCCAAGCAGCUCUGAAUGAGCUGUGGCAGGGAUUUCGUUUUGAUCAGCUGGUUUGAGAGCUGGUUUUACCAAUUAGCAGACGAGGCAGUUGCCUAGGGCGGGCCCCACCAAAUUUGCUUAUUGUAGGGGCCCCCCCACAACAGUCAACCCCACGUUGAUGGUAAAUACCAGCAUGAGCCCAAGUCUUUCUGAACCCGCGAUGUCAGCCCCUGCAUCCUUCAAUACCGCAAUGAAUCUUUUGUGGUAUAGUUAUAACUCUGUAGCAUCAUAACUUUGAGCUCAGACUUCAAAGAUUUAAAUAGAGGCUAAGUUAUGAAGAUGCUUCAAGACAAAAAUGUAAAGCCUGGUACAAAAUCAUUACACAGCGUAUUGGUAAUUUAAAAAUGUCUGUAAUUAUUAUAUUUAAAUGAUAAUGGAAAUAAUCAGAAUCGUCAACAUUUCAUGACCAAGAGUUGUAGAAGAGUGUCCGGCUGUGUUUCUUCUGUAUCGUAUGUAAUGAGAGAGUAAGAGCCAUUGUGCUCUUUAUACUUAACCAAAAUGACCAAUAAAACAGAGAUGUUAAACUUC